GUAGACACCUUUCGCGCAUGCGGGGUACCGAUCGGGUUUCCGGUACGGAUCGGGUAGUAUGCAUUGUCAUUAAAUUAGAAAACUGAAACAAAAUCUGAAACAAACAUCAUUAAGCGGGCGUUUAGCAGCGAGGAACAGAAACAGUCAACAUGUUUUCCUUCCAUGUGUUCGAGCACCAGCUGGCCCGGGGCUUUCAGAACCGUUUCUCCACUCAGUAUCGUUGCUAUUCGGUGUCCAUGCUGGCUGGACCCAACGACCGCUCCGAUGUUGAGAAAGGAGGCAAAAUAAUAAUGCCACCUUCAGCUCUCGACCAGCUCAGCAGGCUUAACAUUACCUAUCCAAUGCUGUUCAAGCUGACCAACAAGAACUCAGACAGAAUGACACACUGUGGUGUCCUGGAGUUUGUGGCAGACGAGGGAAUCUGUUACCUACCUCACUGGAUGAUGCAGAAUCUCCUGUUAGAGGAAGGCGGUCUCGUUCAGGUGGAAAGUGUCAACCUCAUGGUGGCCACUUACUCAAAGUUCCAGCCUCAGAGCCCCGACUUCCUGGACAUUACAAACCCCAAAGCAGUACUGGAGAACGCACUGAGAAACUUUGCAUGCUUGACAACUGGUGACGUCAUAGCCAUUAACUACAACGAAAAGAUAUAUGAGCUGCGAGUAAUGGAGACCAAACCAGAUAAAGCAGUAUCCAUCAUCGAGUGUGAUAUGAAUGUGGAUUUUGAUGCUCCUUUGGGUUACAAAGAGCCUGAACGACGGCCUAAUCACCAGGAUGAACCAACAGAGGAAGAAACAGAUCCCAGCAGUUAUGCUGACAUGGACACAGGCUUCAGAGCUUUCACCGGUUCUGGUAAUCGUUUGGAUGGUAAAACUAAAGGAAUUGAACCCAGCCCUGCUCCCAUCGCCCCAAGUGACAUUAAAAGAGGGAUUCCCAACUAUGACUUCAAAAUUGGCAGGAUCACCUUCAUUCGAAACUCCAGGCCUCAGCCCAAGAAAAUUGUGGAUGAUGAUGAUGCCAUGAACAGAUUCAUCGCCUUCUCUGGACAAGGGCAGUCACUACGCAAGAAGGGCCGAAAGCCUUGAAGAGAUACAAACGGGGAGUCUGACUUAUGUGCACAGACCUAUCUUAUUCUUUUCACCUUCAGCAGGUGUAUUAAAGUAUUGGUUUUCAGAUGCGUUGGGUUUUGCCCCUGUCCCUUUUGAAAUGGAGGUUUUGCAGUUGAUUAUAGCAUGUAAUUAAAAGUCUGACAGUAAUAUUUUGCUCAAAAGAAUCUGAGCAGCCUAAAAUGUCAGCUCUAAUUUGGUAUUCACAAAUUCAGAGUGACUGAUUUUCAGGAAAUGUCUCUUCAAGAACAUGAAAAAAUGACAGCAACUAUUGUUCUUAUAUCAGAUUGAAUGAUCUCCGACUCUGCGCAGACCCAUCUUUUCCAUAAUUCUUUUUUUAUUUUUACAAUCCACUUUAAAUAUGCUGUUAUCCACAA